ACGUGAAGUGGUUGUACUACGCCUAAACAAUGCGACUGACGGACGGCGCGUGAUUAAAUAACUAUGGACCCCAUUGUUAAAUUCUUUUCACGCGUUUUAAAGCAUUUCAUGUUACGAUUUUCAGCUGCAGCCUACUCAACUCAAGUCACACUGGCAGCGACGCAAACAUUACCAAAACAUUGCGCAAUCUAGCACAACGCGGGAAAUGUAUGGUCUGCUUGCAGCCAUGGUCGCAUAAAGUAGGCUAUUCAUUUAUUUCAAUUCCACUGGCGCUCCUGUCCAUUUGGUGAAGAUAAGUGAACUACCGCAGAAAGUAGACUUUAUAACAAAUAUGCCACCAAGAAAGAGGACACGUGGCUCUACAAAAACUGUGCAGCCUGAGUCGGAGACCGAAGACACUCCUGAAGCACCUGCUCGGAGGAAAGGCAAGAGAAACAUAGAAAAGGCAGACAAGUCCAAGUCCAAAGCAAGUUCUGAUGUGAAAGAUUCACCUGCCAAAAUCUCGUAUUGUCACUGGCUGAUGAAGUCAGAACCCGAGAGCAGAUUCGAGAACGGAAUAGAUGUAAAGUUUGGCAUAGAGGAUUUAAAGGCCCUCCCAAAUCAGACUGGAUGCUGGGAUGGAGUCAGGAACUACCAGGCCCGUAACUUCAUGCGAGACAUGGCGGUGGGUCAGCGGGCAUUCUUCUACCACAGUAACUGCAAGGAGCCGGGCAUCGCUGGCCUCAUGAAGAUCGUCAAGGAGGCGUAUGUUGACCACACCCAGUUUGACAAGAAGGAUGUACACUACAACGCCUCCAGCAAGCCGGACAACCCCAAAUGGAGCAUGGUGGACGUGCAGUAUGAGCGGAUGCUGAAGCGCUUCGUCUCCCUGGCUGAGCUGAAGAGGCUCCACCUGGAGCACCGGUCCAAGGGCGGCGCCCUGAAGGACAUGGCCCUCUUCACCAGGGCCAGGCUGUCCGUGCAGCCUCUCACUGAAGAGGAGUUCAACUUUGUGCUGAGUUUGGAAGACCAAGAACCAGUUUGAUGAUGCCUGCAAAAGUACUGAGUAACAGCAGAAAUGUGGUCAUUUUCUGCUAAACUGAUAUUGCAUAAUUAAGGUUAAGUUGUUUGUUUUAUAGCCGUGUACUCCUCGGACCAUGGCAGCAAAUAUGUUUACACUUACUUUAUUUCUGUGCACUUACUUAUUUACACUGAUUAUUACUAUUGUCCUAUCAUAAUAAAUUAGUUUUAUACAUUGCAGA